AUGACAAAAGGUUGUGAGUUUUGCAGAUGUUAUGCUGACAAGACAUGUGAAUUGUACCAGCACAUUCAUGACUCUAAGGUGCCGUUAGAAUAUACUGGGGGACUACACAAAAUAUACAGUAAAAAAACACUUCCUCCUGGUUUGAUAAUCAAGAAAUCUGGGAUUCUGGGGGCUGGUCUUGGUGUUUUUGCUGCUGUGGAUAUUCCUUUUGGGACUGUGUUUGGACCUUACAGAGGAAAAAUACAUCAUGGAAAAAUUAGGGGGAAAUCAGCAGACUUCUCCUGGCAAAUUAUAAGAAAUAAGAAACAUUCUCACAUUGUGGAUGCAUCCGACCCAGCUAACUCCAACUGGAUGAGAUAUGUGAACUGCUCCAGGACAGAGGAUGAACAGAAG